UUGUGACGCCCGGAGAAAGUCAAAAUCGGCGUUUUACAUGGUUUAUAACGACGGCCGUCUGGAUUCCGGGGACUCUGCGCCUCCUGCCAUGAUGCCGGGAGACAGGCAGGCCAAGACGGCAGCGGUUGCCGCGGACGGAACCGCGGGGAGCUGUACAAACUGUUCUAUUCUACACCAGAGCCUGACAGAAUACGUGUCGUCAUUUCUGGCACUAAAACAGAAGAUAACGGCUUCAGAUGACGCAAUCAGGCUUCAGCAACAGCUCGAAGAGCUUCAGAUGCAUUUGGUUACUCUGGAGAAAAAGACAGCAGAUUAUGAGUCUGUGCAGGCAGAGCUUGAAGAAAAGAGGAGUUCUCUGAAGGCUCAUGAACAUCUGUCUGAAGAAAUGGAAAAAUUGAAGCAGGAAAACAUUAUUACAGUGACUCAGAAUAAGAAGCUUGAAGACCAGCUUAAGUGUGUGAAAGAUUUGACAGACGUGCAAUUACUUGAAAACGCACAACUAAAGAGAGAAAAAGCUGCAAUUGAAAAUGAUUUGCUUCAAACUCAGGUAUCUUUGAAAAAAUCUCAAGAACAAGCUGGUAAAGCUGAAAAAUUGGCGGAGGAGAACGCUGCAAUGGCAAGCCUGAAGGAGAGUCUUGAAAAUAAAGUUAAACUGUUUGAAGACUCCAUUUGCAAACAGAACCAUCAAAUAUUCCAGCUGUCCAAAGAGAAGACUCUGUUAGAAAGAAAUAUUUUUGACCUUCGGGCGAGACUGAUGAAACUGGAGAAAGAACGGUGUAAAGACUUUAGGAGCACAAGAACUCAAACAAGUGCAGAGCCAAAAGUUGACAAAGAAAAGGUACGGAUGCUCCUGCAGAGUUUGUGGGCCUGCGUAGAGCAGGAUCAGUCAGCAGACAUGUUGCCCUUUCCAGAGUCCAAUUGCAAGAAAGUUCUUCCAUCGUCUCCACAGAGUAAACUGCAGACUCAUGCGAGAGCAAAGUCCCUGUCUGCUUCUCCAAAGUCCAGGGAAUCACACAGUUUCCAGAUCCAGACAAAAGCCACUUGCACCCAGUUAAAAUCGUGCACUUAUGCACAAGAAGCCAUCAAAAACCAAGCAUCUCCUCUGCGCUCAAGAGGCAAGGAGAGAACAGACAGUCAGAAAAAGCGCAAGAGGUCAUCCAAGCAGCAAGAAUGUGAUGAGCCGUCCGCAGACAGAAGCAGCCCUGAACUUUCUCUUUAUGACAUUUUGGAAUUAUUUAAACCAAUGCUUUCCUGCAUAUCCCCUCUACCAGACUUGGACACAAAUAUCAAUGAGGAAUCCAAGGACUUGGACAAUGAAGAAAAAGUACAUCACCAUGGACCUGCUGAGGACUCCCCCCAUAGACUGGUCGCCUUGGAUAUCACAGCAUCACUAUCAAAACACAACAGUCCAAGUUUUUCUGCAGUUCAGAAAACUGACAGUUUAGACUUGAUGGAAACUACAACAUGCGAACCCCAGCCUGUUUCCACCGAGAAAAACUUGGGUGAAAAUGGCACAAGUGGUGCUUCUAAACUGAAGGACGAACCUGAUAAAGAUCAUGGAAAAAUGCAUCAGCAAAAAGACAUGUUGCCUGAGGAGGACCCAGCGUCUAUGGAUUUAGCAUCAGUACCAUCAGUACCAUUACCAUCAUCCUCUUCUACAACAGAUAGUUGGAUGCAUGAGGUUUUCUCAUUAACAACGGAAAGUCCUGAGUCUUCAUGUACUUCGAACAUUAAUGGUGGUGACCCCAGCAACAUAUCUGGACCUGAAAAUUCUGUUGAACAGGCAAAAGAAGAUGAUUCAAAGAGUGUUACAAAGACAGAUGUGGAAACAAGCCUUGGUGGUGCUUUUGAUAAUAAAACAGUUAUUUCAAAUGGUGAACAGUUGCUCAGAAGAAGUGAUGAAGCUGUAAUAUCUGAAGAAGCAGACGAUGAGAAUCCUGAUGCUCCCCCAAAACUGAAAGAAGUUUUGAAAGGGAUCACUAUCAGAGAGAACAGUUCAGAAGUUGAAAAAAGUGAUGUGGAGUCUUGUCAGGACAGUAAAGACAGCACUGCAGUUGAACACAUGAAGAGUACUGGCUCUCUCUGCAGAGACUCUGAAGUACAGGAGUACACAACAUCAAGUACCAAUGACAAUGUGAGUGCAACAACAACUGGCAAUGACAAUGUGAGUGCAACAACAAGUGGCAAUGACAAUGUGAGUGCAACAACAACUGGCAACGAGAGUGCAACAACAACUGGCAAUGACAAUCUGAGUGCAACAACAAGUGGCAAUGGCAAUGUGAGUGCAACAACAACUGGCAAUGACAAUGUGAGUGCAACAACUGGCAAUGACAAUGUGAGUGCAACACCAAGUGGCAAUGACAAUGUGAGUGCAACAACAAGUGGCAAUGACAAUGUGAGUGCAACACCAAGUAGCACUGACAAUGUGAAUUGUGCCUCAAUUGAAGACCUUGACGAGAGGAUGGAAGUUGAUGCACCCAUUGAGCUUCCUGGGGAGGAUGAUGCACGAGAUGCUGCACAAGAAAAUGAAGGAGUCAACAUCACAACUUCAAAUGAGUCAAAUUCUGAUAAUAAACCUCUGUGUCUUGAAAAGCCACUGGUGUUGAAGAGGAAAGAUGAACUUGUUUUAAAGGAUUUUGACAUUGAGACUUUGAAAAGCAAAGUUAUGACUGAAGAUGCACCUUUAAUUCCUGAAUCCACAGAAACAAUAACUGUUGACUGUACAUCUUUGGAGGAGAAAGCACAUUCUCUUUGCCAAGAACAGAGUCCUGCAUGUGCAGCGCCUACUUUAAAAACACAGCCUUUGGAAACUCAUCCAAACACAGCAGAAUCAAAUGUUGACGAUACAGAACAAAUUGCAACGAACAAAUCUCCUCCUCAUGUUGACCAGCAGAGCAUCAGUGAAAUGGAUGAUGUCAAAGAUAUUUCUCAGGAAAGCAUAGAUGCAGUUAGUACUGCUUUAUUUGUUAAAAAUAGUGAUGGCACAAAACAAAAUAAUAGUUUAGAGCCAUGUGCUAAAGCACGCGAAACAAGUCCAUGUAAAAUUAUUUAUACAAGUCUUCAAACUGCAAAGUAUAUCAGCCAUAUUCGCUCUGAAAUGGGCCCUCCACUUCCUCCUGCCCUGACCCCUGUGAGCACCCCCCCGAGGGAAAGUAAAUCUAUCAACCCAAGGCAUGCUAUUGGGAAACUUUUAUUUCCCUCACCCAUGCAAGAAGUGGUUUCUCCUACCACUCCAUCCCACACCCACGUUACACCCAACGGUCAGCAGCUGAAUUCCUCCUCCUUCAACAGCCCGGUCCCUCUAAACGGAGUCCCUUCAUCACCACUGCAGUUUGGCUCUGCCACUCCAAAACACGCUGUGCCAGUUCCUGGUCGCCUGCCCUUGACAGCAAUGAAUUCUUCUCCAUCUUCUGCUAGUCCUCCUCAGGAAAACUCCAUGAGGAUUCUUGACACCAUGUAUCCAGAGCUCUCGGCCCGCGCCCGGACUCUAAGCAUUCUCAGAGGGAAUGUCAAUCUCAGCAUUUGUUCUUCAGAGAGUAGAACGUCACCCACGACUACUGACAAACAAAUAUCUGUCUUUAAAACUAUAAGCUCCACUUCAACAGCCUUCACAAAGACUGAGAUAAGGGGAGAAAAAAGACCUGCCAUCGGUUUAUCUCAGGCUAAAAACAGCAAAUGUCAGAAGCUUGAUGGAGGUUCUCCUGGUGUUACUGGCAAGCAGGCGUCUUCGGUCUCGUCAAAUAGUGGAGAUGAAAUCCGCCCAGCACAGACUCUGACUGUUGAACAGUCCUCAAGCAAUCCAUCCCUGAAAGCUGAAGAGCCUUCCAGUGAAAAUCUGAUCGUUAACUCUUUAAAGAAAGUCCAGAACAAGUGCUUUGACCUGUUGCCUGUUAUCCAAAGUCACCUUUAUGUUGGGAACCUGCCCAAAAAGCCUGUCCUGAGAGAUGAAGAGAGGGAAGUCAUCUCUGACAUUUAUCAUCGUAACUUGGCAGAUGACAUGAUUCUGGCCAUCUUGAACAAACUGAAAGCUGAAAAACGCACCCUCAGCCCAAACUACAUGCAGGCCCUCUGCAGAGUCUACACAGGGCUUUGCAGACAGAACAGAGACUGGGAGAAGGCUCGCGUUCUGGCCUACAGCAUUCUCGUUGAAGAUUUCCCAGAUUCUGCUAAGCUGAUUUUGUUUAUGGUGACCACUUGGCCCACUUUUCUCUCGCACAGUAGUUCUCUGUGCCAAGCCGUUCAUAGCAUCACCAAACUGAAAGCCCAAGAAGGGUUUCUCAACUGCCUUUCAGCUUUCCUUGAUUGGGAAAAGACUCCAGCCUGCAACAUUGACCAGCUCCUCUCUGCAACACUGUCUGAGCUCAAGUCGGGGUCAAAUCUGUCUUUCACCAAACAUAGUCGCUAUGGAGAAGACCUGGGAACUGAAGCUUGGGAAAUUAUCUUCACUCUGCACCUCCUCUGUUCAGAGAAGAAGUGGAAAUGGACCUAUCAAAAUGUCAUAGGCAAUGUUUUGUGGCCACUUUUGAACACUUGGGUAACACAACCAAAAGAUCAAAAAUCCAUCUGUGAUGCAACUAUUGCCACUGUACUCCGGCUUGUAGGACGCCUUGGUCAGCUGGGCCUUAAAGAGAGGUGUGUUGCCUCUGUGAGCACUGUUGCCAGUGUCAUCAACACAUUUGGGAGACAAGGGCAGGUUGAAGGUGUGCCAUGGGAGGUCCAGUUAGCAGCCGUCUACUGUAUCUACGACCUGUCUCCCUGCGACCCCAAACAAGCUCUGGAUGUGCUGGCGUGGUGGAGAGGAGAAACGACGCAGUGUGUCCCCCCAGCUGUCACUAGUUGCAUUAAUCAAUUAGGAUCUAUUUGUAGGCAGCUCAAUAACUGAAAGGGUUGAAACCCACAGGAACUGCUUUUACUGUCUGCAUCUUUUUU